GUGCUAAUUCUCAGCUUAAAGAUCUACAUCUACCAGCCAACAUCUACCGCUGAACAGUUUCUAUAUCUGCAACCAGAUCAGCCUGUUGGGUUUUCUUUCCCUGCUGUCUCAGGAGGAACUAUAUUUCUUUGGACAACUCUGUUACCAGUGAGGCCUCUCAUGGCAUUGCACUCUCUCUUGGCCACAGCAAGCAAUCUGCUAAAGGAGGAACACUUACAACGUGGAUUUUCAGCAUGACAUAUGUGGUAUGGGACACCUUAUAGACCAUUUAUAGCUAACUGAGCUGGCUUCAGGGAGUUCUGUUCCUCUCAAAUCUCACAUCUUCUCUGCCACUGUAUCUCUGCUUGUUUGGCUUUGAUCCUUAGCCAUUCCCUCACCCCCUUCCUAUAGUAUUGUUUGUCUUCUGAGAAAUACAGAUUAUUAAAAACAAGCAAAUACAUAACAUGGGAUAGAGGUCUAAGCAUUGAGCUAAUGGGUAAUGACUAGAAAGCUUUUUCUAAAGCUUGAUACAUUUAUUGCCAAGCUUCAAGCAACUAGAUACACUGAUCUGGAAUUUCCUCUAUUUCCAGCAAAACAAAACAUGUUCAAGUGAGAAAUUCUGCUACACCCGCAGCAUGUCAUUAACAUAUGAUUUUUCAGGCUGUAUUUAAUCUAUAUAUAUGAAAUCUGCAUCUGGGAAACAGCAUGCUCAUUUGCAUGUGAUAACCAUACCAGAAGCACAAACAACACUUCUGCAGUAUAUGCAUUAAGAAGAAAAAGAAAAAAAAAGAACAACCAAAAUAGUAGUGAGAUCAGCCUCAUGACUAUUCAGUCAUCAAAUGAGGCAGCGUUCAUUGAUCAAGGGCGUUCAGCUUUGAUGUCAUUUAUCACAAAGGUUUGUGUUCUGCAACAUGAAUCCUGUCUAUUAAGGCUAAAAGGUUGGGGCAACAACCGCUGAGGAAUUUUGUCGCAAUGAAUUGCUAUUGAAUUUAUGUUUUCAAUUUCAUCCAGUCUUAUGUUCCAGGCCCAUAAAUAUUCAAUGAGUCUUGCAAGUCCUUGUAAAGAAAAUAUUGGACCCAUGCAAGCAAUUAUCUUUCAAGCAACUUCACUCAAAUGACUUUAUAUUUAAAACUAAUCCUUUUGUUGUCCUGCAGCCCUAAUUAUAGUAUUUAUCUUCCCCCUUCAAAGCCCCAUUUCUUACUCUUGCAGCUUUUUAAGCAAGGCACACCUCAAUGAGAUACAGAUACAACUCCAAAAAUAGCGCUUGUUCUGAUCGCAGGAAAAACCUGCACUGUGCAUUUAGCCUGUAGCUAAUUCUGUAUUUCAAGACCUUGAAAUGUACUGUUAAUUAAUCCAACUAAAUGCAUUUUAUUUUGCAAUUAUUUCUGCCAUUGAAUCCACAGGAGCGGAAUGAAAGCAGUGGACCUGCACAAUGGGGACUACUGUGCUGUUUCCUGUCUUGGCACAAUUACUUCAGAAGUAGAGACAGUUUGGUAGUGUGGGGCAAACCCAGCUAGAGCCUGUGGUGUGUGGAAUGAGAGCUUCUUAAAUAAGGAUUUCGUUUUAAUUAGCCCUAAAGAGUACAUAUUCCAAUUUUUAGAGUUAGUCUCUGCAUUCCUGUUACAGACCUAACCAGUCUGUUUCCUAUGAACACUGAUUCUGAGUUACAUCUUCCCAUUUUUUUCUGGUCCUAGGCAAAAAGACUUGGCUGAAACCAGCAAGGAUUUACCAGCUCCCACCUCCGCAGUGUUGGCUCUGCUGUCCUCCCCCGCCAGCAGGGCCAGCGCUGCGCUCCCUGCCCCUGCCCCUGCCCUGCCGUGGAGAGCGUUAACAGGCAGCUGCCCUUACCCCUUGCAGAGGGUCUCAGUAGGAAGCAGCGGGGUCUUUGCUCACACAAACUUCGUCAGGUUCUUGUCCUUUGCCAGUAGCACAGGCAGCAGCUGGCUCUGAGCACCGGCCUCUGGACUCCAAGCAGGCUGUGCCGAGCUAGCUUACUCCGGCAAUGACCAGAGUGCUUUAGAGUGGACUGUACCGUGCGUCUGGAGGGACAUCGUGUGGGCUGACAGAACAGGGGAAAGGAUUUAGAUGUAUAGCUCUAAGGAUUUAAGAAAGCAAAAGUUGAACUUCUUCAUGAUAAGGAGAGCCGAGCACUGGAACGGAGGAACCAGGGUUGUGCAGUCUUCAUCUUCGUCCUUGGAGGUUUUCAAGGCUGGACUGGGUAAAACCCUGAGAUGCCUGGUCUGAGCUCACAGCUAAACCUGCUUUCAGCAGGAGGUUGGACAAGAACAACCUCCUGAAGUCCCUUCUGACCUGAAUUAUUUUGUGAUCCUGUACCUCAUACUCCCAUUUUUUCCUGAAGUUGGGCCCACUGCUGCUGUUUGCUUAUCCUCCUCUUUACCUGAAUGCCUUUCAAAUAAGCAAUAUGCCCCUAAUUAUUUUUUGACCGCUGGUCCCAGUUUCACCACAUCUAUACCAAAAUUAUAGGCAAUCGCGGCCUUAUAUGAUUCCACGGAUAUAGCUAUCUAGGUCUGAAUAGCCUUGCUUCCCAAAACUCCUGUGUCAUUAUUCUGGACUCCACACUGACCUUCAUUCUUCUACCCAGCUAUAAUCAAGUGCAAGGAAGUUCUUAUCUUAUGCACUGAUAUACUACACACCGGAUCGGUGGAGUGUGCCUUGCAUUCUUUCCACAUCCCCUAAAACCCGUCCAUCAUAAAAUCCUGCUGUGCUGUUGAAACAGGUAGUUACACCAUAGCUGCUACCACCUCAGCUCUGCUCCCCUUCCUUGCCAGAAUAUCCUUGUGCUUCUGCUGGAAGGCUUCUGCAGUCCCUUUCGUUGCUCCCACACCGUGCUACUGUGUGCAGUUACACCUUCCUCAGAACAUCUUUUUACUUCUCAUUUACAACCCUCAUGCCAGCACACAGUGUGCAGUAAACAUGCCUUCUUAAUGUCUCGUUAUCUCUGAAACAAAACUGUACUGUCAGCAUCUGCUCUUUAUCGUUCCUCUUACUGAUAACUGGGUUUAGUUUCUCCAAUAAAAUUAAAACAUACACCUUGUGACAGUGACCCUGUGGUCUUGAACUUUGGAGCAGAAAUGCUUGUAAAAAUGGCACACAUCUCCUUCCAUUUCAGAAAAGCCUAACUAUUAUAAUAAUGUGUAGUUCUACCGGCUACCUCCCCCACCCCCUCCGUCGUUUCCUGAAUUGGAGGUGACCUCUGAAAAGGAGCAUCCCCUUCAAUUCGUUUUGCUUCAGUAAUUUACAACAAACCUUUGAACACUGAGCAUCUUGUUUAUUUCCGGACACGUGUUUCUAUAAAGAGCUUUCCCCAAGCAGGCACAAAGGCUAUCACAGCCGGCCAUCCUGCAUCAGCUGGACUAAAUAUGAAAUUCCUUGGCAUAGAUGUUGCUUUCUUCACUCUCUUCACCCUCAUUGCUCUUUGGAAUGCAGGAGCUCAAGACUCUUGCGCAUACCAAUGUGGGGAGCUCCUUGGUACCUGUUCUUGCCAAGCAACGUGCCAGUCCUUGGGGGUUUGCUGUCCUGAUUAUAAAGAAUUUUGCCUUCAGAUUUCUCCAUACUCAGGAUCUCUGAUGGGAGGCAAAGACUUCUCAAUUGAAAAUACAGCUUUUAAUGCCUCUUCUGUGAUAACGUGCAGGUUCAAGCAGAAAAUCAAAACCAGUGGCUAUGUUGCUAAGGAUGGAAAAGCCCACUGCAUCUCCCCAUUGCUGUACGAGACUGGUUUCAUCCCUUUUGACGUUUCUGCAGAUGAUGGGCUGAUGUUUCCAUACUCUGGAACUUGGUUAUCAGUACAUCACAACAAAGUUUCAGAUGCAGAAAAAUGCACGUUGGUAAAUGAGACAAAAUGGCAGUACUAUGGCACCCCCAACACUGACGGGAACUUAACUCUUACCUGGACACAGCAGACACUUGCAACAACCCACGUCAACAUAGAAGUCUGGGGAUACCAGGAAACAGGUGAUAGUUACUCGGAAAACUGGUUGGCCGAAUGGAAAUACCUUUACACUUUGGCAAAAGAAAUCCCCAACACCGGGAAAUUCUCUUUCAUUCCUGUACCCGCUAAAGGGAAUUACAAUACGUGGGACUUCGGAAUUUUGAGAAUUGCACCCAGCAGCUAUUCUGAGGGGCAGAGCAACAUUCCGUCAGUCUGGAGCUCAGAGCAUGCAUUGGCUUGGCACCUUGGGAAAGACUUCAGAAAUGACCCAAAUGCAUGGGCAACUGCAAAAUGUAUAGAAUGGGACAGAAAGGAGGAAAAGCUUCCAAACUUCAUAGAAGAAAUUGCAGAUUGCCCUUGCACCUUGGCACAGGCAAGAGCUGACACUGGCAGGUUCCAUACGGAUUAUGGCUGUGACAUUGAAAAGGGGAGUGUGUGUACUUACCACCCAGGUGCUGUGCAUUGUGUAAGAGCCAUUCAAGCCAGCCGGCAGUUCGGGGCAGGACAGCAGUGCUGCUACGACUCUGCGGGGGCCCAGAUCCUCACGCGUGACUCCAUCGGCGGCAGCACGCCCGACCGGGGCCACGACUGGGGUUCGCCGCCGUUCCUGCAGCCGCCACGGAUACCUGGCUUUUCUCACUGGCUUUACGAUGUCAUCAGCUUCUACUACUGCUGCCUGUGGUCUGACAAUUGUCACUUCUAUAUGAAGAGGCGUCCUUCCAGCGACUGCAAGACGUACCGCCCGCCUCACGCUGCAUCUGCUUUGGGGGAUCCUCACUUCUUCACAUUUGAUGGUCUGAACUUCACCUUCAAAGGCCAAGGAGAAUACACGUUGGUGGAGUCUGACCUCACGUCCCUAAGAGUGCAGGGGAGGACAGAGCAGGCACGCCUGCCCAAUGGAUCUGGGGCUCAGGUGACAGGCUUGUCUGCGGUGGCCAUGCGGGAGAACAACUCAGACGUGAUUGAGGUACGCUACGCACAGGAUUUAACUCUGGAGGUCCUGUUGAACCAGAAGAUCAUCAGCUUCUCUGAGCAAAGUUGGAUGGACCUGAAAGGUCUCUUCCUCCAUUCUACACCUGACCAGAACAUCACAGUGAUGUUCUCUUCUGGGUCUGGAGUGGAAAUAAGGGGAAGCGGAGGAUUUCUGACCGUGACAGUUUUGCUCCCAGAGAAGUUUAUGAAUCACACUCAGGGUCUGUUUGGGGUGAUGAAUGGCCACACAGAGGAUGAGUAUACCUUCAAGAAUAAAACCACCUUGUCAGCUCAUGCAAAUCCCCAGGAGCUGUUUGAGUUUGGAGCAAACUGGGCUGUUGAAAAUGGAACUUCUCUCUUUACUUACGACACGGAGUUCCUACUGAACAAUUUCUUUUAUGGGGAAAAGCACAAUGCUUCCUUUCUGCCCGUGUUCUUUCCUUAUGAAGACCCUGCCGAUCCCCUGGUGAAGGAGAUGGUCCUGGUCUGUGGCUCUGACCCCUUCUGCAGAUUCGAUGUCCUAACAACAAGAAGCCUUCAAGUGGGAAGUUCCACAAGACUAGCUCAUCAAAGUCACAAGCUGCGGGUAGAAAAUCUAAAGCCAGUGAUCUCUUGUGGCUGGCUGGAUCAUCCAGCCAACGGACGGAAGAACGGAACUAAAUACCUGCUGGGCUCAACCAUCAGUUUCAUCUGCGACCAGGGCUAUGAACUCACUGGGCCAAAGGAAAGAAUUUGCCAAGUGACAGGGACCUGGUCUGGAGACACCCCCAGCUGUGUCCUGCAAACAGAUAUCAAUCAAGUAAUUCUUCUUGGCUGUGUAUUUGGAAUAGUUGGUCUUGGAGUCCUGGCACGUCUGACUGUCUUAUGUAGAAAGGAGAGACACAAAGGCAACCAGAAACUCGUUUCAGAGGUUCCAGUUGGAUCUGAACGAAACAAUGAAAUUCCAGAGGAGUUUUUAAUGAAAUACAGAAAAAGCAUAGCAGAGGAUUAA